AUGGCAAAAAAGGCCAGAAUCAAAGCAGUUGACAGAACUUUUAGAGAUAUAAUGGAUAAUCCAUUACCAUUCGGUGGAAAAAUGGUUGUGUUAAGAGGAGAUUUUCGACAAGUGUUACCUGUUGUCCCACGAGCUACAAGACAACAAACUAUUAAUGAAAGUUUGGUAAAGUCAUACCUUUGGAAUAAAAUGGAGAAAAUCCAACUAACUAAAAAUAUGAGAGCUCAAAGUGAUACCCGUUUUGCAGAAUAUUUGUUGAAGAUUGGAAACAGAACUGAACUGUCAACAGAAGAUGAUUAUAUUUGUCUCCCUGCCAAUAUCAUUGUUACAGGUGCAAAUGAAGAAGAUUCAAUAUUAAAGUUAUUGAAUAUUGUUUAUCCUGAUCUCAAAACGCAUACUACUUCAGCAGAAUACAUGACUAAUAGAGCAAUUCUAUCGACAACAAAUGAGUAUGUUGACCAAAUCAAUGAAAGAAUGAUUGAGAUGUUUCCUGGAAAAAUGGAAGAAUUCAUGAGUUUUGAUGAAGCAAUUGAUGAUACACAUAAUUAUUAUCAUGAGGAAUUUCUCAACUCAUUGUUACCUAAUGGUGUUCCUCCACACAAAUUGUUUCUUAAAAAAGAUUGUCCAGUUAUACUAUUGAGAAACUUAGACCCCAGGCAAUGGUCUAUGUAA